AUGAAGGAUAUGGGUGUUAGGAUUGAGGAGGACGUAGAUGGUCUGUUCUUAAAAUAUUUGAUUGAUUUUGGGCUGGAAAAGGAGUUCUAUGCUUUUAGUGAUCUUAUGAAAGAGAAAAGUAUGAGGCCAAUCAUGGCUUAUUAUGAGAUACUUCUUUUGAUUAGGCUGAAAGAUAAUGAAAAGAUAAAGGCUUUUUACCACAGUCUUGAUUCAUGUGACAAUGCAGAUCAGCUUUCCUUUAAACAGAGUUGUUUGGAUUCAUUGAGUGAGUGUGGUCAGAAGGAAGAGCUUUUGGAGCUAGUGGAAGAUUUUGAUGUCAGUAAAAUUUCUUGGAGUGCUGACUUAACCUUGGUUUUUAAAGAUCUGGGAAAACCAAUGCUGGAUUCUGUUGCAGAGAUGUUUCUUUUCAAAUUAAUGAGAAGUGGUUUCAGAAGAGAUAAAAUUUCUGAUUUUAUUUUUGACUAUACAACUGCUAACAGAAACUUGAAAACGCAAGUGGUGUAUUCCAUGCCUGUUUAUUUGUGGGUGGUAAAAUCUUUUUGGGAUUAA